GAGAGCAGGGCUGUGUCUCAGGUUUCCAUGCACUGCACGUGUGGGUGGUGCGAGCUGUGCCUGCUCCAGCCACAGAGCGAGCUGGGAGCAUGGGGCAGGUGGCUUGGAAGGCUUUAUUUCUGUCUCUUUUCGAUUACAAAACCGAGAAAUACGUCAUUGCCAAGAACAAGAAGGUUGGGGUCCUCUACCGAGUGGUGCAGCUCUCCAUCCUGGCUUACCUGGUGGGGUGGGUGUUUGUGGUCAAGAAAGGCUACCAGGACACAGACACAUCCCUCCAGAGCUCUGUCAUCACCAAGCUGAAAGGGGUGGCCUUCACCAACACCUCGGAGCUGGGGGAGAGGAUUUGGGAUGUUGCAGACUAUGUCAUCCCUCCCCAGGGUGAAAGUGUCUUCUUUGUCAUGACCAAUCUGAUUGUGACCCCAAACCAGAGACAAGCCACGUGUGCUGAGAGUGCCAGCAUUCCUGAUGCCCUGUGUGACAGGGACACAGACUGCCUGGAAGGGGAAGCAGUGGUGGCUGGCAAUGGGGUUAAGACUGGCCGUUGUUUGAAAGACAAGGGCAGCACCAGAGGGACUUGUGAGAUACUGGCCUGGUGCCCAGUGGAGAAAAGAUCCAAGCCCAAGAAACCACUUCUGGGCAGUGCAGAAAACUUCACUGUUUACAUCAAGAACUCCAUUCGCUUCCCCAAGUUUAAGUUCUCCAAGAUGAAUGUGCUGGCCACUGACAACGAGUCCUACCUGAAGAGCUGUCGGUACAGCCAGGAGCAUCCCUACUGCCCCAUCUUCGUGCUGGGCAACAUCGUCCGCUGGGCUGGGGGCAACUUCCAGGAAAUGGCCUUGCAGGGUGGUGUGAUAGGAAUUCAGAUUGAAUGGAACUGUGAUCUUGAUAAAGCCCCUUCUGAAUGUAAUCCUCACUAUUCUUUUAGCCGGCUGGAUAACAAGUCUGCAGAAACCUCCAUCUCUUCUGGGUACAACUUCAGGUUUGCCAAGUAUUACCGGGAUGCUGAGGGGGUCGACUACCGGACGCUCAUUAAAGCCUACGGAAUCCGCUUCGAUGUGAUGGUGAAUGGCAAGGCAGGGAAAUUUAACAUCAUUCCCACCAUUAUCAAUAUCAGCUCGGGGCUGGCACUCAUGGGAGCUGGAGCUUUCUUUUGUGACCUGGUGCUGCUGUAUCUGAUCAAAAAGAGUAACUUUUAUCGAGGCAAAAAGUAUGAGGAAGUCAAGUCCAACUCCAGGAAGUCCUUGUCGAGCCCUACGCUGAAUGGAAACCAGAGCCCAGAGCAGCUUGAUGGGCUCUAGGCACAGCAGAGGCUCUGCCAGCUGGACUCCUGCUCCAGGAACUCCACACAGGUGUGGCAUCACACCAGCACUGGGAGGUGGACAUGCCCCAGAUCAGGCCUGCUAUGAUCAGGAUUCCCAGAGGGAAAACAACUUCUCCAAAGACUGCCUUUCUUCCCUGAGAUUUCUCUGGGAUCCUGAGCUUGCAACGUGUGUCGUCACUAUGGAUUUAUAAAAGGAUUUUUAUAAAAGGACAAAGAAGGCACCAUAUGAAUGUUUUUAUAUCCACUGAUAGAUAUAUCUGUACUUAUGCCAAUAGCCAGCAUUGUCCUGUGGCUGUGCUUUGCUUCCAUGUGGAGAAAAGCUGUGAUGGAGCACUUUGGGAAGGGCUGAAGCUGAAACCCAACCUGUUUCCUGCUCUGCUCCGUGUGGCAGCCACCGCCUCCAGCUCCUGCCUGGGUGAUGAUGUGACAUCAAGUGUGAAGCAGCAGGACUGCUGUGCUCAGGAAUGCAGGGAAAUGUGGCACUGGAGCAGCUCUUGGGGCUGGGGAAGGGGCUGUGAUCCUGCAGGGCCUGAGGCAGGGGGGACAGUCACUCUUAUUAAUGCACUGAGCAGCAACGUGGCCUUGCGAGCACUGCACAGCUUCUGCCUCCUUCCUUCAGUGCCUGCUUGCAUUUGCACAGGACUGUCCUUGCUGCACCACUGCCUGAUUUCUCAUGCUGGGCAGGUCUGGAUGGGCACUCAGUGCCUCUGUUUCUCGCAGCACCCUGGGCUGCAGACUGAGAGAGGCAGCUCUGCCAGGGCCACGGGCUGGGCCAGCCUCCUCCGAAUACACCAACAGCAGGGAAGUCAGAACAUAUCUGCCUGCUACUUCAACACCAGUGACCUCCAGGAAACACAAGUGCUUCUCUCUCAGCAGAAUCAGUCUCCCUGCAGCCCAUUUUGUCCAUUCAUCUCAUGUCAGGAUGUAACCAAUGUCAGAAAAGGGCUUAGGGAAUAUCAUUGUGUUCUGUACAUGCUGCCCCAUCACCACUGACCGGGAGCUGUCCUGAUGAAGAUUAAAUGUUUCUGUGCAUGCUUUGAAUACCAAAAGUUAAAGGGCUCCUGCUGCAGCAUCUGAGGGUGGCAUCAGAGAGCUGCUGCCAUCGAGUGUCUGCACAAAUGGCACCAGCAGCUACACCCACCUCAGCUUUAGCUUCUUUAAGGUCGUUACUCUGAGGUACAGGUUCAUCCUAAAUUAAAAUUCACCUCUGUUAGCAGUGGCAAACUCUGAACCCAGCCACUGACAGCAAACCCCACCCAGUCUAGUUCCCCCCACUCUCCUUCUGUGUAGUGAGCCAAAAAUGGGGCUAGAAAAUAGAAUUAAACAGUGGAGUUCAUUUAGGAUAAGCCAUGUACCUUUGGUGCUGUGAUCUCACCCAAAACCUUCUCUCCGUGUCAGGAGUCUCUCCUCAAGGCAAACACAAGUCACCACGGGGGGAACUGCACAAGAGUUCCCACCAGGCUUUUCACUGUCAGGGUUUAAUUGGAGCUGAGUAAUUUCUAGAUGGUGAAACACACAGUGAACCCCCUGUGUGACACAGGGCCUGGCACACUGGCAAGCAAGCAGCUCCUCCUGACGUGCAAAGCUGACUGUGCUCUGCUGAAAGCAUUGUUUUAACUUGCCAAAAUAUCCUCCUGUGAGAGGACCAAAGCUAUUUCCUGAAUCUAAGUCUCCAGGCCCCCCAGAUCCCCCAGAAUGUUUCCUCUCCUUAGGCUGUGUAACACAACUCCUACAACCCCUGCUGUUAAUAAAACAUAACCAGAUUCCUUCUCAGGAGCUCGUUUCUUGACUUUGACUUUUUUUUUUUCUCCUUGUGUUUCAUGUUCAGCAAUAAAAUGUGUCACUUUA